CCGUGAAGGUUGGUCGGUUGUCACUGUAGAGCGAGCGAGCAUUCGCGAAAAACGCCGGUUCUUAGAGGGUUGGCAAACGAUAACUUCAUCCUCCCUAGCUUCUCGAAUCCCAAACUCGAAAAUUCAGUCUCGAGUAAAUUUCUUGGCGCAGCGGUGUCGUCCUUUCUCAUCACGAAGUCGUCCCGGUGAUCGCAGUCGGUCCUCGAUCAUUGGUAAAUCAUGGAAGUACUACCGUGCCCGGUCAACGUCAGCUUCAGCAACACCAGAGCUGGAUACGUGACGGACGAAUUGGACGGGGCCUGUCAAGCGCUUGCGAAGAGGUUGGAGGUCGAGCUGAGGGCGGCGAAGCACGCGCAGCUCGCUUGCGGCGAGGUAUUACUCCCUGCCGAUCUCUUACCGAAGAUAGCCAAGGAUGUCCUCGCCAUGGCCGAAAACGAGCCCUGUGGUCUUAGAGGUUGCACACUGUUCAUCAGUUUCGAGACGGAUAACAUGUGCCGAAGGCUGUCCAGGAUACAGUGCGAUCCUAGCGCGGUGUCGACGUUCGAGUUGUACCUGACGCUGAAGCAGGAUCACACUUCAUGGCACAUAUUGCUGCCACAGUUUUUGAAAAAUCUUACUCGUGGUGGAACAAUUAUGAUCAGCCGAGACUUCAGCUUGGAGAAGAAAAAGCUGUACAGAUCCUAUCAGCAAGAUCACUGAAAGGCUCUGCCAUGCCUUUGUGGGUCCAUCGAUACGAUCUGAUCUUCAUUCAUCUCUGCCCCGAGGUUCACUGGUGGCCAGUCUUUUGUGAUACAUUAAGAUGACAUGGUCUGCACCAGAUAACUGCUCUUUCCGUAAGUUCGGUGGUUACCGAUACCGAAAAUGCCAGAAUGUGUGUUUGACUUGACGAGCGUCGACAUGCUUUGCUGCAAAGGGAGGAAGAGAGGAGAGACUGCAGCUGGAUAUCGAUGGUAUAAAAUUUUGAAGUUCGUCUUAUAGACAUUUCUUUCACAUGUGUCAAAGGAGAUUCAGAGAGACGUAUGCAUGCAUACUUUUUCCAAUUGUCUCCAUUUGCUCUGUUAGUCUCCUUGUUAAGAUCCACACUUUACAAGCAACUCCGAGAGACUGAUCGAGAGAUAUGCUACCAUCCUACCCACUGCAACUUAUUGGAAUUAUAUACACGUUUACUCGGUAAGAUUUAAAAUACAUUGUGAUAGCGAGAAAACAAAUUAUGGUAGGUAGCUCUUCUAAGAAGAGGUAUAUGUCUUCAUUAACGAAGAUGCAUCAUUAAGACUCCUAACAAAUUUCACGUGAUAUGUAGUGUAACGAUGUUUUAUCGACUAGUGGUAGAUAGCUAGGUACGUUAGUUUUUAGUUUAUCGAGUGCAGGUCAUGCGGACCAUUUAUCAUUCUCACUGUCACACGCGAUAAACGCUCGCGUGCACGGAGAUACGCAUAUGUGCUAUCUGAUUGUCCAGUGUGUAAGGUGUAUCUUUACGCGUUCAUAUCCAUUGUGAGCUGCUACAUCAGCUCAGCCAUUUCAUCUCAGUCGUUGGUCUGUCUAGUUUUUUAUUUUUUUAAACAGGAGGGGGGGAUACUUAGCUCUGGAAGCACUUUCAAAGAAUAAUAGAUAUCUCUUUGUUUUCAAUCUUGUCAAUUUCGAUCAGUAUGUGCAAGGGGCACAGAGGCAUAAAUUGCUGAUAACUGUUUGUGUCCGAGGACACUUCGUCAAAAUAUUCCAUCUUUCUAAAAUUGUAUUUAAACGGUUUAAUGAACAUUAAUACACAUUGUGUCAAUGAAUUAGUUUGGUUGCUGUAUCGUUAUAUAAACACUUACAUUUUGUCAAUGUUGUCAAAAUUCAAAUGUAGUCAUCUGAUAAAUUGUUCGCUAAUGAUAUGAACGAAGAAAUGACAUUUUUAAUUGCCAUAUUUGGUUUAGUAGUGAAUAUAUUUGACGUUUUGAAUUUGGAUAUCUUACACAUUCUUAUGAUAAUUGGACAAAAUUGAAAAAAAAGAAAGAGGAUCGGUAGUGUUCUUUGUUCGUAGUUCAUUUUAUUUCAAUUUAAUCGUUAUUGUGAAUUGUCCCUUACGUAGUUUUUGGAAGAAUAUAAAAUCGUACCUGUGGAUUCGUUAAUAAGGUGUAUCUCAGUGUCAACAAAAUUGUUACGAGAUAUUCGAGCGAGCGAGCGAACGAGCGAACGAACGAUCGAGCGAACGAAUGGAUGCUUUGUUCAUUUUUUUUUUUAUGUUUAUGAUAACUUGGAAAUAAUUUCUGAUUUGUGUGCUGUUGAGGGGAAGUUGAUAUACCGAUCCACUGGUGGUAUUGUGAUAUUAAAGAAAAGCAAGUGUGAUCAAUGUAAGUUUUAAGUUCGAGCUGUGCAAUGACUGUGCAGCUUCUUUUGCGUCAAGCAAAAGAAAAUGAAAAGGAUUCUUUUUCAACAUAAAUUAUGCAGUACAGGAUUUUGCAUAUUUGAAUACUUUGCCUCGAUAAUUUGUUUUGUUCUUUUUUUUUUAUCUUGAUGGAUCAUUCCACGUUGAGAAAACUAAGUUCUACUCUUCUAAUGAAAGGUUGGAUAAAUACAAUUUUCAGUGGAUUUUGCUGUAGCCUUGAAAUUUGCGACGCGAAGGCGCAAUAAGACAGCUUGCACACGAAUUUGCCAGUUGGCUAUGGGUGGGGCAGAAUGAUUUCGUUUGAAUGUCUCACAUAAUUGUAUCGAUACUUAUUAUAACGACACAUUAAACGAAAUCGUCUACCCUGCAAUUAUAAAAAGUAUAUGUGAUCUUAUAUCAUUAUAAUUACGUAGUAACAGAGUAUAAGAUGCUAUUAUGUAUAUUUUAUACUGAGUUAAAAGUUAUAAAAAAAGAACUAAGAUAUAUGUAAAAUAUUUAAUUUUUCACAUAUAAUGAUAUUAUGACAAGUAUUUGUCUCUGCACCGUACACAGAAGCGCAACCCAUUACGAUUUUGCAAGGUCUCUUGUAAGGCCUCAAUGUCAAUUGUUUUGAAAUCUGUAGAAAUCGGCCAUAUUUACUCCUAAUAGAGUUUAAUGGGCUAAGAACGGUGGAGAGAGAAUUUUAUCGAGUGUUUGUAUUCAAAAUAACCGUGGUGCAACUCGAGUCAGAACGAGUGUUUAUUGGCGAGGUUCGUCUAUAUCCCGAUUCUCGAUAAGAAUAGACAGUGAACGAGAUCAUUUCACUAGAAUGCUUUGGAAUCGUAUACAAUCGGUUUCACAUUUUUUUUUUCUUUUCUCCACACCUUAACUGUUGAGUAGUAUAGAAAUAUCUGAUUUAUAACAGUAUUGUACUCUGCACCAAAUUUCGUUUGCUUUCUCUUUGCCUCGUGGAACCCGGUGGACAGAAUCGAAACAACAGCCAUAAGGUAUGUGUUUUGGAGGGAAAUAUCUUUCGAGCUUGAAAACAGAAAAGGUAUUUCCACGUAAACACCAAAGAGAUAACAUGAUCUCACGAGUAUAAACCAGAGGAGAAUCGUCAAGGGAAAAUCUCCAAAUUCUCCUGCCUCCUCUUUAGACAAUUUGGAACAGUCAAACUUGACGAUCGGUCGUGUCUCCGAAUUCGCGGCGUAACACGUUUUGUACGCAUAGACACUAGUAUUGCUGACUCUGCAAUAUCUUUUGUAUUAAGUACCACACUAUGUGAUGUUAUUUCUAAUUUGUAAUAUUUACGGUAGAAGUGACGAAAAUACAAAAAAAAAAAUGAUUCAAAUGAAA